GCAGGCGCACGAGAUAACUUUGCAUUAUAUUUGUGCGUCGAAGCGCAAUCGUAUCAUGGACGCAGCGAAAUGUAAAGAGCAUCUGGGUCGCAUAAAUUCCUUAGUGGAUUCACACCACAGGAAACGAGAGAUUCUAAUUGAAGGAUACUACAAAAUCCCAAAGCGACGUAAACAGCAGAAACUGAGUGUGAGUGGUGAUUCUCUCCGUGUCAAACGCCGCCGUCAGAGCGCGCAAUCCCUCAAAUGCAAGGGACUCGGCUCUGAGUCUAUCCUCCUGUCUUAUCUGCCGUUGGAAGUUUUAACGGAAACCUUGUCGUAUCUCACUGUGGAAAGAAAAGCGAUGUACCGACGCGUCUGUCGAGACUGGGAUGCACUUAUCGUUCAUUCGCGAUCUGCUCUGAUUCAGCUGGAUCCGUUGUCGAAGCACCUUCAAACCACACUGGCAUGGAUGCUAUAUGGAACAGCAAUGACUUGGUCAAAUUCCAUCCGAUCACUGAUAUUUGCCGCUAUCCAUCCGGAUCGCUGUUUUUUUGCCAGCCGUUAUGUUAUCCCCAUCGUAAAGCAAAUGUUGGCAGCGUUGCGGAUGAAAGCGCAGAUUGUUCUCCUAGCACAUAUUAAGGAUGCUGAUUAUAGCGAAUUUCUUCCACCGUACCAAUCGGAAACUCCACCGCCGUGGUCCGCGAUCUGUCGAAAGUUGCUCCUGGCGCAUGUGGUGCUGGCCAUUCCGCUGGACUACACCGAAGAAAAUGUGGCUGCGGUUUUUCAAAGGUGUGGUAACAUGGAUGGAUCCUGGUUGAAGACGAAGGAUGAAUGGAGCUGCGAUACAUUGCGGAUUAACCGAAGCACCAUUUGUUCGACCAAGGAGUAGCGGAGCAUGUGCGAGCCAGUGAGGGUAUACAGACAAUUUGAGACAAUGACGUCCUGUACUAUGACGUUCUUCGUAUGGUAACGCUUGACCACUGUAUAGAAUGCCUGAGAAUGGACAUUCAAGUUUCAAGUAUUGCUACCAGUAUGUUGAAAAACGAAGUCAUGCACUCCAAAG